AUGUGUAUGUAUAUGUAUAUAUGUAUGUAUAUAUCUAUAUAUGUGUAUGUGUAUAUAUUAGUUCAAAUCCCACCUCUCUUGUGUGUGCAUGUAUGUUUGAGCUUUCCUGUCAUGCUGUUUUUUCACAAAUACUCCAAAUCCAUUUCCAUAAACCCAAAAUAUGUAGUUAGGCUCACUUUCUCUCUAAACUGCUCAUCGGGUGUGUGUAUGUAUGAUUGUGUGUGUGUUGCAGCUGGCAUUCCUGCUACGGUGUACCCCAGGGCUGUUCCCUGUGCUGCAUAAAAUGGGACCCAGCACCCCGAAUAUGAAAACAGCAUUAAAUCUCUUAACUUCAUUUUCCCCCAUUUUGUCACUUGUGUUAAUAUACUUGAUUUAUAUUUGUUUGCUGAACACUUGUAAAAAGUGAUCUUCAAAUCACAAAAGAAAAGCUCCUUCUGGUCCUAGUUUCUGAAAAGCCAACAACAUUUAUAAUUAUAAAUUUAAGAUGUGGUGUUGCAUUUAUUAGUUUGCAAAAUUGCAUUAACGAUAACUUUCCAAAGAAAAAUUUAUAACAAAAGGGACAAGGCAUUGAUGAGAGGAAGCACUGAGUUGAUAUAUUUCCUUGUCUUCUCUGUUUACCAGGCUGGUGUGAUCAUCACUGUGUUACUCCUCCUCAUUUUCUACACCAACAGUGUCUUCUUGUUUGUGGGAACAUGCCUGCUAGGUCUGUUCCUCAGCAGCAUCUUCCCCUGCAUGCUGGCCUUCACAGAGGACAUCCUUGACUAUCAAGGUUGUGCGACAACAGUCCUGGUAACCAGUGCUGGUUUAGGGGAAAUGGUACUUCAGGUGCUUGUGGGUUCGAUCAUUCACAGUGAAGGCAGUUACAGUUUCUUGCUCUGUGGCAUGAUCAUUGGCUGCAUUGGCUUCUUGCUGUUCUUUGGUCUACUCUUCUUUCAUCGCAUGCACAAGAAAUACCUGGCAGGAAACUCCAAAAAGGCACCCAUGACUGAAGAGCCAGGGCUGGACUGUGUGCAACAGUGAUAUUCAAAGAUGUAAACGAUGGUGUAAAAGGGAGAGUAAAAUUAAUGGACUGUGUCCAUUUAUUUAUGGGAUGUCUACUGGUACAAGUUAGAAGAAUGAAAUCAAACAGUAUGAUAUUCAGCUUCACUAUCACUGUCCUAGUCCUGUUUCGACUGUACAGUGGGCUUAUAUAUAUAUAUAUAAUAUAGCCAACAUUUUUGUUAAAUGCUCUUUACUUCCAUUCUCUCUAGUCAUCAGAUAAUUAUUCUUAAAAUUUAACAUGUUCUCUUCAAAGAUCAGAAAAUUUAUACUGAAAACUGAUUCCAUUUAUAUGCAAUAAAUAUAUGCUUUUCACAACAUGCUCUUCUUCAAGACCAUGUUCUUUCUUGAAUGAUGAAUUGUAGAUUUUUCAUUUUCCAACAUGGUCUCAAUGAAGGAAAAAAUAUUCCAGUGUUAAGUAAACAAAAUGACACAACUUGAUCAGUUUUGCAGUGUUAUGUACUGUUUCUUGUCUUGUGUGUCUGAAUACCUGGAGUUUUGUCACUCUAUAGUCGCAUACACUUAAGUAAUGAAAUCAUUAAGUUUUGGUCACAACACUGACCAGCCUUGCACUUCAGGAUUUUGUCUGGUUCUGCAUUUUACCGGAGAACAGAAUUCCUGUAGAAUCCUCUUUCGCAUAAUUACCUUCUGCUGGUUCAUUUUCAAAGAGGACAAAGCAUUUCUUAUCCCUUUCCAUCAAAUGGGGGAAAUGUUAAACUGUGAUCUACCAGUUUAGAAUUUAUAAUUGUAUACAUUUUCUACCAAUCAUCUGUGAAUGAUGAGAAUAAAGACGAUUCUUCACCACCUUGA